GCAAAGCUCGGAGACAUGGGUGCACUUCAACCCAUAACAGGCCAGAAGAAGAAGAAGUCCUCCACGACUUUGACGUGCAGAAGCUGUGGUAGUUUUGACCUUCCGACCGCUUCGCGUCGAGCUUAAAGAUGGCAGGACAGGCGUUUCAGAAGUGGUGGUCUCUGAUGAGCCCGUACUACACCAAGGCGUACCAGGAGAUGUGGGUGGGAGUUGGCAUCAUGACCUACCUGUACUAUAAAGUUUCCUAUGGAGGCAAGAAAGCUGUGAAAAGCAAACCUGCUCACUGAGGUUCCAACCUGCCCCCCCGCCUGCCGCAAGACGAGAGUCCAGCUACAUGUUUGAGUUUUUGUUAAUAUGGAUCAAAUAAAUGAUUAUUCUCAACGUU